AGCGCGUAAAGAGUCCGUGCGCAAUGAUGUUGGAGCGGCUUCAAACUGAAAUCAGAGACAUGUAUUAAGCUGCAUAUGAAAUGAUAACGGCAGUUUAAACAAUAACUUGUCUUAAUUAAUUCGGUAUUUCUUCAACAGCUAUUAGUAUUUUAGCGAGUUUAAAUCUUAAUAUGGAGAUAAGUACUGAAGGAUCUGUUCGUGGGAUGUUUACUUGUGAAACGUGUGACCUGUCAACGCCGUUCACAUACUAUGGUCAGAAACCUCCAAACACAAGAGCCAUAGUGCUCCUGGAAGAAUCAUAUGUGUUAAAGGAUCCUUUCAGUCCUAACAGAGACAAGUUCAUCGUGUUAGGCGCAAGAUGCACCUUGUGCAGUAAGGUGGUUUGCAUCGGCACGGAUUGCAGUCUAUUCUACACUAAACGAUUUUGUCUACCAUGUGUGAGAGAAAAUCUGGACCAGUUUCCCCAACAGAUUCAGGCUGAGCUGGCGAAAAAGAAAGUACCCCAGCACACUUAGACUGAAUUACGGGUUUGCAACCUAAUGUGUGUUCCCCCAGAGAGAGAGAGAGUUGGAAAUAAUGGCCUCAGAAUGGCACCAGGCGUUGUCUCCUGAAUGGCCUUGCUCCUGCUCUGACACACAGGCAUUUUCUCUACUAAAAACAAAUCCUCAGAAACAGGUGAAUUCCACAGGACACUUAAGUCUUCAGUGAAUCUACAUUCUAAUGUUGUGUAUUUUAAUUAUUUGAUUUAACUGCUACAUUAGAUUGGUUUAGUGUCUAUUGAGAGUUGAAAAUGCUUACUAUUCCGCGUUGAUAUUGAUAUUAAAUCACAUCACAAAAGGUUUAGAUAUUUUACUGAGCGCUGUGAGUUUUGUUAGAAAUGCAAUAAUUGAUCUCAGAAUUAAAAGCAGAUUUGUGAUGCAAACAAAAUAGAAUGUUUGUCUACCAUUACCAACAAAGAUGUGCUUGUUGUUGACUUGAACAUGUAAAUACUACGACGGACACAAUAAACUUGAUUUACCAUCCCGACCACUUAAGAGUGAAAACCUCAUCAAAUUUAAU